CACUCUAAAUCGUAGUUGCGAAGAAAAAAUUUAAUAUUUUUGUGUGUUUUUAAACCAAUUCAAUUGCAUUGGCAAACUGCAAAUGUGUAUUUAAUGUAUUUAAUCUAGUGUCGGCUAUGCACAUUAAUUUCAAGUUUUCCAUAAGCAAUUAUUUGUAUGUAUGUAAUUUGUAGCUGUUGUUGUACCUGAUUCGUUGCGAUUUUCGUAUGCAGCGUUAAAAGUGGUGGAAAAUGUGUGCAACAAAAAACAUGCAGUUGCUACUAACUAUGCACAUAGAGAAGCGAGCCGAAAUAGUGCGUUAGUUAAUAUUAUUAAAUAUGUGUUGUGUUUAUUCGUAAAAAGCAAGAAGUAUCGAAGAAUCCGCGCGUGGAACAAAAAAUUGCGCCAAUAAGCAAACGACGACGUUUCUGUCUGUUUCUGUUUUAUUGCAUUCCUACUCGCACGCAUACAUAUGUACAUACAGCAACAGAGAUUUGAGCAUACACAUACAAGCAUACAUAUGUAUGCAUUCACGCAAUAAACGGAGCACAACAACAACAAACAAGAAUCAACAUCGUCCUCAACUCAAAUGUUUUGUUUCAGUGUAAUUGCCAUCAAGUGGCCAUAGAAGAAGUGUAAACAAAACACCGAAGCUCAACUUGAAGGAUUGGAAUCUUGUCGGAUUCGGAGGACUCCAGUCAAGAUGUCGCGCUGGGGAAAGAACAUCGUCGUCCCACUGGACUCGCUCUGCAAGGAGAAGGAGAACACGAAUCGGCCAACGGUUGCUCGCUCCGUGGGCACAGUGGGCAAGUGGGGCAAAAUGGGUUUCACCUCGACCCGGACGUACACGCUCUCUGCCCUGCAUCCAAUGGCCGCUGCGGCGGCUGCUGCUGCGGCAGCGGCUAGUCCGGCUCAGAGUCCGGCCUCGACGCAUGAUCAUGAUCCAAAUGACAUGUCCGUAUCCGUGCCGGAGCCGCCAAAGCCCAAAAAGUUCUUCAAGUCACGCAAUGCGGCGCCGCCAGAGGUUAUAGCACAGAUAAUACAACAAUUGCCGCACUGCGUCGGCGCAACGUCACCGAUGCGGGAGCAGACGUCGAUGACGCCGACCCGGGAGCCCAUUAAGCUCAAGCUGGGCAAAGGCAACUCCGCUGAGCGGAAACGCAAGUCGCCCAAGAAGAAGGCGGCAGCUGCGGCUGCUUUAACGCCAGGUGCGUUUGGCGCCGCCGACAGAGGCGACAACUUGGACAUGGAUGCAUCCGAUCAUAUGGAUAUAUCAGCUGGCGCAUCGCCGACAGCCCACGAACCCAAGGGCAAAAAGAAGAAGGUCAAGGAGGAGAAGAAACUAAAACCGGAAGCGCCACCGUCACGGAUUUUGGGACGCGCCCGCAAGGCAGUCAACUACUGCGAGGUGGAUGAGGAUGAGCGUUAUCCAACGCCCGUCAAAGAUCUGAUCAUUCCCAAGACACGUGGAACAGAUGGAACAACAACAGCCACAGCAACAGAUGCCUCCAAUACAACUGCAGACACAACUCCAGCCCUUCCUCCGCCGACAACGGCACCCAGUGCAGCAGCCGGAGCAGCAGCAGUAGCAGCCUCCUCUGGAUUAGCGACAGCAUCUGCAGCAGCAUCCGCAGCUGGAACAAUACCGUCUGCCUCCGCCUCGUCGAGUGCCUCCCGCACGCCUGAACAUCCGCCAAUUGUUCUGCGCAUUUCCAAAGGCACAUCGCGCUUAGUCAGCACGGACAGCGAGGAGCCGCCAAACAGUUCGCCUGCUCAGCGGCAUUUUGAGACGCCCAACGAUGCGACACUGGAUGAAGACAUUGCCAUAGUUCCUGCAGCAACAACGCCAAAAAUAACUGUUAAACCGCUGCGGCCACCGGCAACAGCGGCGUCGACGUCGGCGUCGGACUUGGCAGAAGACGCUGCAGUUGGCAGCGAAGUGACGUCACAAGCGAACAAUGCAGCGACGCAUGUAGAUCAGCAGCAGCAGCAGCAGGACCACGACGACGAAGAGCAAGAGGAGGAGGAGGAAGAGGAAGAAGAGGAGGAUGAGGAGGAAGAACCACCUGAAAUCAACUAUUGUACUGUGAAAAUAUCACCGGAUAAGCCGCCCAAGGAGCGACUGAAGCUGAUCAUCAAAACGGACGUGAUACGCAACGCAAUUGCAAAGGCAGCGGCCGCAGCAGCAGCGAAAGCCGCUGGAGAGGAUUCGCGCAGCGAAAAGAAAUCCAAGAGCAAAAAGCAUAAGCAUUUGAAGCAUUCAACUGUGGCAACAACAACUGCAAGUGCAACUGCAACAGCGGCAGCAGCGGCAACUGUGGCAGCGAUUCCAGUGAAUGCCACGGAGAAUCCCGCCUCCGAGUUUAAGACGCCAUCGCCGCAUCUGGCAUUAAGUGAUCCGCCCCAGCAGCAACCACAUCCGGCCCAUCAUCAUCCAGCUCAUCAUCAACGUGGCUCGGUCAUAUCGCCAACGACACGAUCCGAGCACGACUUUGAUUCGCAAUCCUCCGUGCUGGGCAGCAUCUCAUCCAAGGGCAACAGUACGCCGCAAUUGUUGGCGCAGGCUGUCCAGGAGGAUAGCUGUGUGAUACGCAGUCGAGGAUCGAGUGUCAUCACCAGUGAUCUGGAGACCAGCCAGCAUUCGUCAUUAGUGGCGCCCCCAUCGGACAUUGAAUCGCGAUUGGAGUCCAUGAUGAUGACCAUGGAUGGCAACAGUUCAGCUGUUAACACAAGCGAUCCACAUGCAAGGAUUCCGCUUGUCGAGGAGCCGCUGCAGGAUGAUAUUCUGGCGGUGCUGCGGGGCGAUGUGGUGCCACGUCUAAAUGGCACUGUGGAUGCAGAUCCAGAUGCAGCCGCUCCAGACGACGCCGGUGCCGGAGCCAAGCAGGCGAAACGCACGACACGCGGACGAGCGCGCAAGACAAACAACAACAACAAUAACAAUAGCAACAACAACAAUGCUGAAGAUGUGCUAGUGGCACCGGAAACACGGACAAGGACACGGGCCAAGCCCAUGGAGACAUCGCCCACAGUUCACCCCGCAUCCGCCACAGUCACCAAGCGAGCGACACGCGGUCGUCCUUCCAAGAAAGCACCAAACGAUGAUAUGCAAGUGGAUGAGUCGCCGGAAAAGUGGACAGCGGGCACAGGUGCAGGAGCGGGAGCGGGAGAGGCAUCUGCUGCAGUGGAGGCGACUGCCAGUGAGUCGUCAUCGUCGCUGUCGCUGCCACGACGUGGACGCGCCGCAGCACGAGCGAAUAACAACAAUUUGGCUAGCAAUAAUAACAAUAAUAUUAACAAAAUAGCCGCCAAUCUGUCGGCCAAGGCGGAGGCCAGUCGGGCGUCCGACAAUGGCGCUGGUGGCGCCGCUACUCGCAGCUAUGGACGCAAGCGAAAGAAUCAGCAGGUGACGCAGGUGCUGCAGCCGGAGACAACAGCGGAGACGGCAGAGACGGAGACGGAGGCAGCAACGGAGGCGGAGCAACUGAAGCUUAAGCUGCUGGGUCAGUUGCACCAUGAUGAUGAGGACUUGGAGGAUAUGAAUCCAACACCCGCCAAGAUGCCGCACACAGAGCUCGAUCCGGAACCCGAUCCCGAUCCCGGCAUGGAUGAGCUAUCAAAUACCUCGAACGGCUCCUCAAUGCAGCACGAUGGAUCUUCCUCAUCGCCGCCGCCACGUGACUACAAAUUCAAGGACAAGUUUAAGCGCACACUCACGCUGGACACUCAAGUGGCUGGAGCGGGAGCUGCUGGAGCGGGUAAUGGCGCUGUUGGCUCAUCUGAAACGGCAUCAGGCAGCGCUGUUCCGGCUCCAGCUGCGACUGCAGCUCCAGGCAGCGAGGAGACGGGACAACGGGGCGCCGUCAAGCUGGUCAUUUCCAAGAAGAAGGGCAGCAUCUUCAAGAGUCGAGCGCUGGUGCCCUCCGAUCAGGCUGAGCAGGCGACGGUCGCCAAGCGGCAUCUGUACAAGCACAGCUGGGAUGCGGCACUGGAGGCCAAUGGCGCUGGAACCGGCAGUGAUGCCAGCAAUGCCUCCGCCUCAACGGCGGCGGGCAGUGGCGCCAAAACGGACAGUCUGACGACCAGCAAAUCAUCGGCAGCCAUCGAUGCCAUCUAUGGCGACUUUGGUGAUAGCAAUUCCAAUAAUAAUACCUGCAGUAGCUCCGCACUGCGUGGCGAGAGUCCUGCACUGGGGAAACUCUCAAGACAGGCUAAGCCACAGCAUAGUGUUCAGUCCUCGGCAGCGACAUCGGCGGAUGCGUUCGAUAUGGAUCUGGAACCCGGUCCGGAAGACGGCGGAGCUGGUGGCGGAGGUGGAGGAGGAGGAGGCAGUGGCGAGCGGACGACGGGAUUGCGUGUGGAUCGUAAGACCAAGGAGUACUACACAGUGGUGCGCAACGUGAAGACGGCACAUCAGAUACAGGAGAUUGGCGAGUACCAGGAGAUGUAUGACGAUGUUGAAUACAUUCUGGACGCACUGCAGCCACACAAUCCGCCUCCCACACGCUGUCUUUCUGCCCUCCAGCUGGCCACCAAGUGCAUGACUCCCGCAUUUCGUAUGCAUGUUCGUGCCCACGGUGUUGUCACCAAGUUCUUCAAGGCACUGUCCGACGCGAAUAAGGAUCUUAGCUUGGGGUUGUGCACCUCGGCCAUUAUGUAUAUACUGUCGCAGGAGGGACUUAACAUGGACUUGGAUCGAGACUCACUCGAGCUGAUGAUCAACUUACUGGAGGCUGAGGGCGUGGCAGCGCCAACAGAUCGCGCCAAUUACGAGCGAAACAAGCAGAAGGUGCGGGAACUGUGCGAGGAGAUCAAGGCCCAGGGCAAGGGAACCCAUUUAAAUGUUGAAUCCAUAACGGUGGGCACUCUGGCCAUGGAAACGUUGCUCUCGCUGACCUCGAAACGUGCCGGCGAGUGGUUCAAGGAGGAUCUGCGUAAACUGGGCGGGUUGGAGCACAUCAUUAAAACGAUAUCGGACUUCUGCCAACCCAUAAUAUCGACAGCUGUCACUGACAUGGCAAUGAUUGCCUGGCAGCCGGCACUGCUCGACAAUAUGCAAACGGUGGCACGUUGCUUACGGGUUCUCGAGAAUGUGACGCAGCACAAUGAGGCAAAUCAGCGGUACAUGCUCACCUACGAGAAGGGACGGGCUGUGGACACACUGUGCCUACUCUAUAGACUCUGCGAUCGGCAGCUGAUCCUGCAUCCCUCAACGACGGAGCACAGCAGCAGCAAAGAGCAUCCGGGCGUGGCAAUGCGUGAACUUCUCAUACCCGUCAUGAAGGUCCUCAUCAACCUGACGCACACGUUCAACGAGGCACAGCCGUCGCUGGGCGCCGAGUUGCUCGGCAAGCGCAGCGAUGUCAUCGAGACGAGCUUCCACCUCCUGUUGCUGGCGUCCAACUACAUUCCGGAUCGCUGCGUCUUUGAGCUGAGUAUUCUGGUGCUGACGCUGCUCAUCAAUCUGUGCAUGCACACACCGUCCAAUCGGGCCACGUUGAUGCAGGCACAUGCGCCCGCCGAAUAUGUGGCUGAGAAUCCACCGCCGGGUGAUCAGGCGGUUAGCGCGGUCCAGGCACUACUCGACUAUUUCUAUAAGUGUGAGGAGCUCGCCAGACUUGUGGAGAAGAACACGGAUGCCUUCCUGGAGAGCAAUGAGAAGGGCAAAAAGAAGCAGGAGGAAGUCGAGGAGACAGUCAACAAUCUUGUGCAACGCGCUGGCCACCACAUGGAGCACACGCUGAAGGGCAGUUAUGCGGCCAUACUCAUUGGUAACCUGAUCACGGACAACGAGCAGUAUGAGAUAAUCGUGCGGCGGCAGCUGCGCGGCAAUAGCUUUAAAGAGAUCGUUGGUGUGCUGGAAAAGUAUCACACCUUCAUGAACCUAACUUCCAGCUUGGAGGCAGCCUUUGUGGCGCAUAUGAAAUCAACAAAGAAGAUCAUUGACAACUUUAAAAAGCGCGAUUACAUCUAUGAGCAUGCUGAAGAUCAUGCGAUGCCAAUGCCCUUAAAUCUGGAGACGACGACGCAUCAUGAUCCGAACGAUACAGUGCAAUCGCAAGAUGCAAAUGCAUCAUCCACAUCCCCAACGGCGAUGCGCAGCACAAGCAGCAGCAACACAAGCAGCGGCGGCAGCAGCACCACCAGCAGCAGCAGUAGCAGCAUGCCACGUGUCUUUAAGACUUACAGCAGUCACAGAUAAUUACAAGACUCCGAAUACUGAAUGCUCUCAAAAUAAAUAAACAGCCGUCGCUGCCUCCCUUCUGUUGUCGUCGCUGUCGCUGUCGCCGUCGCCAAUCACACCGAAAGAAAGCCUGCCACCAAAAUAAUUAUGUAUAUUUUAAUUAUAAUAGAGGAAAAAUGCAUAGUAGAAUGUGUUUACUUCCUGCACUGUAUGCAUGUGUUUUUUGUAUAUCAAUGCGAAAACACACGCCAAAUAGCCAACAACAACAUUUGCACAGUUACAAUGAACACUGUGCUGCUAGCAAUUAGUUUUAGUGCUCGGCUCUGUUCAGCUUUGGUUUUUAGCUUAGCGUUUGUAUUCUAUUGUAUUCAACAAAAAGUGAUAGCAAAUUUCAUGAGCAUGGUCAGCGUUAUAACUACAAUCACCUACACCAAUACACACUCACACACACACAUACACACACACAGAUACAUACAACACUCAAUGAUCCAAAUUACUACUGAUAUGUGUACGUUAUAUAGUCAUAAGCAAUAUUAGCAACUAUUAUUAUAAAUACACAUAAAAUAAUCAAUUGUACAUAUUGUUUAUUCAACGAUUUUAUCAAGCGCAACCUAGGAUUUAUUUAAUGUUUCUAUUCUUUAUUAUUCUAUAAUAAUUAUUAUUAAUAUUAUAUUAUACAUACUUAAAUAUUUUUUUUUUGUAAUUGUAGAACGCUUUUUAUAGGCAUACAAACACAUGUACAUGUAAAAAGAUAAAGAUGGAAUGGAGUGCAGAAAAUAAGAAAAUAUAUAGUUAUUUUAUUGCAUAUACAUUUAAGUACAACUCUAUUCAUAAUUAAAUAUGUAUGUAUGUAUUGUGUAUGUUUAAAAAAAUGUCAUAUUUAGGCUUACAACUGAGAUAUAAAAACAGAGAAAAAA